GUGCACAUACGAAAUGCUGAAUCAUGUCUGUACUUAGAUGCUAUGUUUGGUCCCGAAGGAUUGAACAAAAAGCGGAAAGAGCUAGAUCGAUCCAACCCAGAGAACAAUCGUCAAAGACAAUAUGCAGAAUUGCAGAAGAACCUUGGAGCAACAUGUAUGCAUCAUGAAUCUUUAACAAGCAGUCAUUCUUCAAGAAGUCCCCAAUAUUCAACAUUCGAGUCUCGCCUACUAAGUUACGAAAGUGAUAACUUUCGAAGCAUAAAAAGUCCAGAAGAGUUAGCUGCAGCAGGAUUGUUCUACACAGGUGUAGGAGACGAAGUUCGAUGUUUUUCGUGUAACGGAGGUUUAAGGAACUGGGAGGGACAUGAUGACCCAUGGAUAGAGCAUUGCAAGUGGUUUCCCGCAUGUACAUUUGCAAGAGAAACAAAAGGGGAUGCAUUCAUUGAACAAAUACAACACAGUGCAAACGCGCCGACAACUAUGCUGAAUAACGCAUCUUAUCCUCCGGCAGAAGUUCAUCAUCAUAUUGACCUUGAUCUUGAUAUGGAUCUUGUGACGAUGAAAUCUAUAUGCAUGAAUGAAAUGGGGUUCACUACGGAGAUCUUUGACGAAGCAGUUUAUCACCUAAAGCUUGAUGGUAAUCACCAUCCGAAUAUUGAGGACAUCAUUAACCGUAUAGACCAUAUACAAAAGGAAACAGCCGUUCAAUAUACAUCGGCUAAGAUAUCAGAAUCGUUUUACGAAGAGAACCAGCGUUUGAAGAGUAUUGUGAAAUGCUCAAGAUGCAAAAUCAACGAUUCAAACGUGCUGUUCCUGCCUUGCGCCCACCACGUUAUGUGUAUCACCUGUGCAUAUGACACAAAGAGGUGCUCGGUCUGUAACAGAGGUGUCAGUGAUGUUGUCAGGACUUUCAUGGGAUAGAUAACAUUUGAAUAUAGUUGGGAAAACGAAAUUAAACUUAAUCGGAACCUAUAUCCGCUCAAGAAGAGAAAAUAAGGAAUGUGAUCUCAGCAAGUCACUUUUUGGAACAUAUUGUGUGUAUUUCGUGAAAUGUUGUGUGAAAGGUUGCUUUCAUUCUUUUAACAUAUGGUUACGUUGACGACGCUAAAUAAAUGCAUCUUGCUAGUGAUAUUGUUUCAUUCUAUGAAUGCAAGAUGCAUGACAUGUAAUAUGAAAAAUACUUUUGAACAUGUAAUGGUUAUCAAUGCAUUUGUACAGAAUCAACAUGUGUAUGUUUCAGAAUACUGUGUGUAUUUCACGAAGUGAGAUAAUACUGUUCUUAUUCAUAUACAUUUGUAUACUUAACACAAUAAUAUGUUUAACAUAUUUUAUUAGAUAUAUGUACUGUUUCGUUCAAGCAAAUAAACAGUUUUCAAGA